UGACUAAAACUCAAGGAGAUAUUCCAUUUCAAAGUUUUAAGGGACCAUACAGAAGAUGAGAUUGGAACUUGUCGCCCUUUCAGAAGAAUGACAGGUCGUCAAAAACUUCUGCUGGCAACCGCAUACAAUUGUCAUCACGUGGUUCAAAGACGUAACGCGUCAUGUAUCAGAGCACGGAUCAGCUCGUUCCCAAUGAACAGGGGACUUCCCGAGGGAGCUAUCAGAACAUUGAAGGUGGGAGAGGAGGAACAACGGGGCCGAACGUUACAGAAGUCCCUCAAACUUUUCUGUCUCAAGUGCGAAAAGCCAAAGAGGAGAAUAUAUCAUGCUGCGGGUUUUGCAUGGCCUUUUUUGCCCUUCUGAUAGGGUCAAUUGUAUGGACCAUCGUUUUGAUUGUCAUGAUUACAGUCCCCAUCGUAAUGAUUGUCAUUGGUGCUGAAUACUUCCAUGACUGCCCUGCACAAUUCAUGAUACCUAUCACCUUAAUUGUUGCUGGUUGUGUCUGCAUGUUGAGCAACGUCAUCAACUUCGUUGACAGGUUCAAGAGAUUUAGCGAAACUGGCAUUCCAAAGAGACACACUGUCAUAGGAUGGAUCAAUGUUGUCAUUAACAUCUUCCUCUUACUAUGGUUCUUUGCAAGUUGCUAUUAUGUGUACAGCACUAACCCUAACUUUGAUGAGAAGAUUAAUGACGGGAAAAACUACUGCAACCCGCACUUAUACGGUUUCGCAUUCUGGCUGCUUAAUUUCAUCUUCGUGUUCUUUGGUACUUUGAUCAUCAUUUCUGGCAUGGUGGUGUGCUUUGCGAUGACUUGCUGGUAGCCGCGAUGACUUUGUGUGAAGGCACGAAGAUGUUGAAAAAUAAAGCUCAUCCGGAAAAUGACUUUAAAAAUGGAUCUGAAAGCAACAUUAAAUUUUUUAGCGCUAUUCCAUGUGCUAAAAUACACCAUUUUUUAGUAGAAAUUUCUUUAGCUACAAAAAUGUUUUAAAUGAAAUUUUGUGCUUGAUUGGUCUUCUGUGUGAGUUAUCCAACCGUGGUCAAGAAAUGUAAAUACUUCUUAAUGAUGAUAUUAAUAGAAAAGAAAAUAAAAAAAUUUCAUCAUUAGAAAUAUUGUUUAAACGUCCUUUUAAAUUUAUUAAUAAACGACUUUGAAUUGUUUUUUCUCAUAUGUAGAUGUUUCAAGAAUUAAAGUGCAUAAAGUUUCUAACGCAAAUAUUUUUUGAGGUUUUAAAUCUAGACUUUUUGUCAAAACUAAUUAUGUUAUUUUAAGCUCAAAAUGUAAUACUUAAAAAAUAUCAAUUUUAAUUCCAUGCCUCGCUCCUCAUUCUGUGGCUCGUUAAAUCUUUUGAAUAGUAUCAUUCAUUCAAAAAACGUUAUAAUAUUUAUACAAAAAUCUUUCAUGAUUCUGCCUAAACAAAAUGCGAUUUAUGUCUCUUGAUUCUGUACAAAUUUAAUUUCUUUAUUUUCCACACAAAAUCGCUUGAUAUGUCGUUGAAAAAAUUCAACUGUAUGCUUAAGAAUUGAAAGAGAAAGUGCUACCUUUAUAAAAUACAUAAUUAAAUUGUGAUUGCAUGCUUUCAUAUUUAAAUAAUUAUUUUGGCACUUUUAAAAUCUUCUCUAUAAAAUUUUAUCCAUGAUCAAAUCUUUUCUCCAAAAAAAAAAAAAAAAACUCUCGAAAGACCCUUAAAGCAGAAAAAACAUAUUUUUUUAAAAAAAUAAACAGUUACAUUUUUAAAACUUGUGCAUCUUUUUUUCUCUUUGAGUAUUCAAGUAUGCAAAAUAAUGACAAAUAAUAGUUUUUCCAAAAACAAGGCAUUAUCUUUAUUUCUAACUUGAAUUCUAGCAUUUUGACAGCAAAUAAUUCAAAGAGUUUGCCACAGAACUGGACUUUUAAAAUUAGAAAGCUAUUCUUUAACUUGAAUACAGUAUACACCUUUUUCUUUUCUUGUUUUAAGUGAUAAAAUGCGCAAAAUUUUGAUGAAUCCAAUUUUUAAUUUAAAAAGCACACAUUUAAAUUUUAUAUUUGCUUAAUAGCUUCAGAGUUCAUAAUAGAUUAAUAGUUCAUAAUAAAAUAAUAAAAGCGAAAAAUUGCUCUAGAAAACAGUACAACAGAUUUAAAAAAAAACUAAAUUUGAAAUCCAAAACAUCAAACACAAUUAAAAAUCCAUAUUUGGCUGGGAGGAUUAUGUCAUGAAACUUUAUUUAAAUUAGGACUUGCGCGUAAAUUUUUAAAUUGGCUGUUUUAUUUUGUUUUGUACAUAUAAGCAUACUUUAAAUAUAAAAUAAUAUUUACAGCACCAUAGCAAAACAUUGAAAAACUUUCAUAAAACAGGAUAAUUUUGCACCCUUUUCUUGUUUUAUUUACAUUUUAUAAGCUUUUAAAGAUUUUAACACAAAUGAAUUUUUAGCUAGCUUUCUUAUGUAAAAUUUUUCUACUCUUUGAAAAAAUACUCUUUGAUG